UUUGCUAAAGUGAAGGUGAAAAAAGAAGAAUGAGAAGGACAAGACAUGUCUUGUGAGGUGUGACUUAUGAUUCGUUAAGCCAAGGCAAGGCAAAGAAAGCAAAGAUGCUUCCACUAAAGCUGGUUCGCUCUCUGGUCUUAGGUGAAACCAUCAACCACAACCCUCAUCACAUCCUAACCCAAAAUCACCACCAUAAUAGUGAUGAUGAAAAUAAAACCUAUGGCACUUCAAAACCCCACCAUCAUACAAGAAGGAGAAGAAGAAGAAGAAAGUACAAAACCCCUGGCCUCAUAUUCCUCCCAACAAAAGAGAUCAUAAGAGACACAUACAGGCUUGCCACCAUUGCAAGAGACUUAGGUCUAGACUUGUACCCUACACCAUCCCUCUCUCACAUCAUCUUCUCCAACCCAUCAUCAUCCAAACCCUCAUCACUAUCCAUUUCUUCUUCUUCUUCUUCUUCUUGCUCCCUCCCAAGCGACGCCGUUCCCAUCCCCUUCCCUUCCCUCUCCGCAACCCCACUCGCUCACCUCCGCUGCUUCCUCACGCUCUCCCCACGCGCCUUCAAGAUCGUUCUUUUCAACUCCGACCACCACCCAGACGCCGCCGGCACCGCCGGAAACUGGGACUGCGGCUCUUUCUCUCUCUACUCUAGGGUUGUUGGUGUUCGCGUUGACACCAUGGAGGAGUUUUGUCGGAUUCUUGCCGGAAAAGGUUGGAGCUUUUACAAAACCAAGAAAAACCCUUCUUCCGAUCAGCGCCGCGGCGGCGCCUUUUACCUCUUCAGAAGGGUGGAUGUGAACCGAGUUCGGGUCGGAGCUCUGGUGGAUGGGGCGUGCAGGGUGAGGGAGUUGAGGUUGCCGCACUUGGAUUUUGGAAAUGCUCCGUUGAGGAUUUUGCAGUAUAUUUUGUUGAUGACUGAUGAUAUCUUCUGUUUGGCAUGAAAUUGUAAAAUAAAAUGCAUUGUGUUGAUUGGAUUUUUGGGGGGUGUUGGAUGAUGACAAGAGAUGGACAACAAAUUGGGGACAUUUGGUUUGGUCUUUGCAAUGUGUAGUGUUGGAAGUGAUGUUCUGCGAAGCUGGGAAAGAGGUUGAGCCUUUGAACUGUUAGAAGGGGCAAAUUGAUUCAAACUAUGUAUCUUGUCAUCUCUUGUACUGGGAUUGGAUUCUUGAUGACUUAAGCCCGAUGGUGAAGGAAAUGGAAUUAAAACAUGGAGAGGUAAAAAUGUUGCAAGUGCUUGAAUGAUGAGAGGCUAACUUUUUUAUUUCAUUGAGAAGCCAAAACCUUUUGGGAUGCCUCUAGUUUUAGUCUGCCACAAUCAAAACCAUGUAAGAAUGGAAGGUUUGUGCUGCCUGGGCCCUGGAUAUACAUUGAACACUCAUGAUUGUGCAAACUUCAAGUUCAAUUCUUGAGGCUUUUUGUGGAAGGGAACGAACCUGAGAAAUUAGCUGAAGAGUUUAGUGUUGAUGUGGAGAGAUAUGCCAUGACAGCGGGCUGCAUUUGGUAUGUGAUCAUGUGAAGCCAUUAUUUCCACAUCAAAUCAAAACACCACAAAAUGUGACACAUCCAAACACAAGUAUUUUGCAAAUUCUUAACAUUCAUUGCCAAAUGACACCUUCGCAAUGGUUGGCAAGAAUCUGCAAACUACUCAUUUGGGUGUGUCACAUUACAUGGUAUUUUGAUAUGAUGGAUUCCUUUAAUUUCUGUCAAUGAACUGUGUUUAUUCGGUGUCCUUUAGCUUGAGGCUAAUGACCAAUGGAAGCAGAUGGGAUAUCCUCAUCCACUCCACACCCGUGCAAAACUGGAAGAUGAUGGUGGUGCCACCUUCUGUGUGGUCAUCUAUGAAUGCAGUUACAGUUGACCAGUUACUUAAGAGAAUGCUACCUUAAGACCUGCAAUUCCCUUUUCUUGUUUGUUUACAUACUACAAUAUGAUUGCAGCCACCUAUAUUCAGCUUCUCAAUUAGUCAUAUCUAUCAAUGCUUCUUUUAACCAAUAAAGAUGUAGUUAUUACCACAUCUUCUGUUGAGUUGAUAUGUAACUCCAACCAUUUAUCCCAACAAAAGCAUGUGCAAUGACUGAAUUGGCCGAUUCCAUCUUUGCAAUAGUAAUUAUCCCCUUUAUGAUAGCCUUUACCUGUAAGAGGUCUAUGAUCACUUGAGUUCCCUUUGUUUUAUGAGGCGCGCACGGAAUAUUUUAGCUCUUAAAUCACUUGAGAACUAUUGGUUUCAAGAGAACUGAAGAGGAAGACCAUCAAAUAUGAAUGUUUAUUUAUCAGUCAUGACUGUAGUUUGUCCACACCAACCAGUAACUAUCAUCAUGAGGAUUGUCCCAUUGAAAAAAAAUACUAGAUUUCUGUUUUUUUUUUU